CCAGCGCUCUGCUCCUCUCUCCAGCUGAUCGGCCCAGCGUCCCCGGUGGCCCUGUCCGUCGUUGCUUUCGACGGGCCCCGACUUCCAGUAAAACUGGAUUAAUUUUACGCGCUCGCCCGCCGCUCGUGUCGGCAGAGUUAUUUACUUGAGGCCGAAACUCUGAGAAAUAACCCGACUGUAGAGGAGAGCUUUAAAGUUCGGGCUAGCUUAACGAACAGGAGGCCUUCACUCCAUCCACGGAUUCACCUGCUACGCGGAGAGCUUGUGACGGCGGACAGACAUGGGGGACACCGGGAGCGAGGGCAGCAAGGGUCCUAGCAACGUCAACGUUUUACCCCCGCGUUGUCCCUGUGGUUUUUGGGGGUCGAGCAAAACCAAGAAUCUUUGCUCAAAAUGUUUUGCAGACACUGAGAAGAAACAGUCGAACGAUGAUUGUGCCCCAAAGACCUCUUCAAGCACCACCACCAGCAGUCAGACAGACAUCUUCUGUAGUGAAACAAACAGCAUUAGUCAGUCCCUGAUGUCGAGAUCCAGCAAUUCAGAAGAACCUUUGCCAGGAGAGACUGGAGUGACAUCUGUUCAUAUUCAGAAUGGUCUAUCAAACACAGAAUCUGUCCUGGCUUCACUUUCCACUCCCUCAAAACGCUCAUAUGAAUCUGCCUCAGAGUCAGAAAGUGACUCCUCACCAGAGAAGCGGGCAAGAGUGGCAGAGGUUCCAGAGGGUGAGGAGUGUUCAUCGUCGUCGUCAUCAUCAUUAUCAUCUUCGCCAUUUUCUUCUCGCAGCGGCUCUAAACAGCGGAGCCGCAAACGUUGCCAUCGCUGCCAAACUAAACUGGAGCUGGUACAGCAGGAACUGGGCUCCUGUCGCUGUGGCUUCAUCUUCUGCAUGCUCCAUCGUCUUCCUGAGCAACACGACUGCCUCUUUGACCACCAGGGGCGUGGACGUCAGGAGGCUGUGCUUAAGAUGGUAAAGCUGGACCGUAAAGUGGGCCGCUCAUUCCAGCGCAUCGGGGAGGAGUGUUCUUGAGCAACCAUUUGCUCUUUUGGAGCCUCGGCUUUCAGACAGUGUCUCAGCGUUAACAUGGAUAUGGGUUUUCUCCUAUAAUUCUUCAGGGUUUUUCACAAGUUUUUACUUUUUGGAAAGCAUUGCUCUAUUUUAUAAUUGGCUCUUUCAUCAAAUUCUCCCCUUAAUCUUAUUUAACUCCAGCUUCUCUUGGUCUGAUAGAAUCCCUUAUACUAAGAUACCUAUUGGAAAUGGAAAAACGUUGAACAUUUUAGAGAAAAGAUUAUGCACUCUUGACCAUAAAUCUAUGAAUGGUGUGUAAGUAUAUAAAUGGAUGUCAAAAUUAAACAGUUAUGUUUGUUUUGGAAACUAGCCUGUUCUCUUUACCUCAGAAAAAAAGAAUGAUCAGCAGGAGAAAGGGGGAAAGUUCUCCUUCUUGCACACUAUGGCUUUGGCGCUGUUUCUAGGUUCUGCUCUUUACCUCAAAAUCCAGACCAGAGCUUCUUUGUACCUGUGUCAAGUAUUGACUUUGCGAGGCAAACUAGAUUGCCAAGCUCUGUUCGAGUCCCAUCUAACCUGCACUGGCCAGCCAGCUCCUAUAACCCUAAACCUUUCAGAAAGAUAAACUGCUUUUAAUCACCCACCUCAGGAUAUCCAAAACUCUCCCUACCCUCACCCUCCCACCAGCUUUCUUUUUUCCCUCGCUCUACAGAACACCAGUUCGUCAUUUUUUUUUUUUCCAGAUUGUCUGAAACUGAAGGUGCUUCUGCCACAGUGGACUAUAAAAACAAAAAAAGUGGGGGUCCAUAAUCAGGACCUACAGACUGUGUCGGAUGUGAACACAUGGGGACAGAAAACUCCUUGUUCUUGGAUUAUGUAGACUUAACUUCGAUGUUUGGAAUGGGCUAUAGUUUUUUUUUUUUUUUUGUUCAAUUUGCUUAUCCAUUUC